CACAUAUCCAAAUUAAAGAAAGGAAAAAUAAAAGCUUUUGUUUUGUUUGACAGCAAGUUGAUGAGUAAAAAACGCUGUCAUAUUCUGCUUCUACGUGUUCUUGAAAUCCUCUUUUACCACAACCUCUACUACUACUACCGGCGUUGGCAUAAUGCCAUAACAGAACAGCACUUAAGCAGCACAAAUGGGCUUUUAAGUAAAUGAGCCCAACGGGCUUAUUGAAUACUUGUUUAGGCAAUAAGUGCACUUUAACAGUCUGUAAUGUCAGAAUCAAAUAAAAAAAAAAAGAAGUAACGGACGGCGAUGGCGAUCGAAAAAGCGAUUUAGAUCUCGUCAUGAUUCGUGGAUGGGAUCCUGGGAUUCUGGAUCAGAGAUGGGAUUGGGGCCCUAAGAAUUUCGUUUGGAGUUUUGUGGUGGGAGGAUCACAAAGAGAUAUUACGGUCAAAUGGUUUUUCAAGGUUUCUGGGCAACUAAAUCGGGAUUGGAUGAUUACGAGAUUUGCGGUGAUCGCGAUUCUCUCUUCGUAUCAAAGCGAGAUGCGAUUGCUGAUAGGGGAGAUUCCGGUUCGGGAAGGUGUACAGGGGUGGUUUUCUUGCAGCAGUGAUAUGCAAAUUCAAGCCCUUGGCGUCAUAUUACUUAACCAAUGGUCGUUUUCACAAGGUAUUGAUAAUUGGACGAUGGGUCAUGUGUGUAUAGGUCAUUUAUAUGGGUUUUGCUGUUUUUGGGUUCGUUGUUGUUUUUCCUUUGAUUUUUCAAAGGGUUUUCUUGGCUUUUUGGUUUAUAAUCGGUCUGGGAUAAGGCUGAGCUCAUUUAAUAAAACUUGUUUCCAAUAUUUACACACAAGCACUCAGGUAGUGGUCGAUGCUAUUUCAGCUGGUUUUAAGCUCUCCUUGUUCGUCUGUUUUCUGAUUCACUUUAAGCUAAUGAGAGGCUGUCUUUUGUUUGGGAUUUGGCCUUACAAUAUUGAUGGACAGGAGUUGAUAAUAGAUGUUAGAUUAUGGUUGAUGGUGUCUUUGUUUUUAAAAUUUUAUGACUGGAAUAUAAGAUGCUUUUCUCUUAAUUGGUUUCAAGGUAACUGUAGUGCUUUGAGUUGUUUCAGUUGGUCUUUAAAGCUCUUGUUUUAUCCCAUUACAAGGCUGCUAUAUGUGGUUUGGUUUUCUUCUUUUUGUAAGAUUGACUUGUCUAGGCUGUAUAUGGUUAGCGGGAUUUUUCUUGAGGAUCACCCACCUUUUCGCUGUCACUUUGGCCUAUGUAUUUCAAAUCCUUUGGUGAUGUGGAACCUUCAUCGUGGGUCUAGAGAAAAAUGUGCCGCUAUGGUAUUAAGAUGGUUUUUUAACUUUUAUCCAUUUUGUAUCAUCUCACUUUGGUUUGUGGUUCCUGAGUUUAUAUGGAACAGGAGUGCUAUGGAGCGUUAUGAUGAUAUCUUAAGGUUACUAGCUCUUACAAUGACAAGGUCUCAGACAACAAUUAAGGUGCUUUCAGUGAAGAUCCAAGAAAGAAAAUGGUUACAUUGGUACUUUGGUUAUGGUUAUGAUUUUGGUGAUGGUCAGGUUUUAUUUUGGAAUGUUCCAGUGAGCUUAGCCUCCUGGUUUGUGGGAAGGAUGAAGCAGGUCUUUAAAUGCAUACAUGGCCUUCUAAAUGUUUUUGUCUAUUCUCGCUUAUUUUUCUCUUAUAUUUUCGGUGUAUUAUUAUGGGACUACGAUUCGCAAGGUAGUUUUUACGAUAAUAUGAAGUUAAAAUCAGUGUUGUGAAUCCUUACAUUUAGUUAUGAGUACGACAUGG